AUGGAAGCCACCUCAGAACAAGACGGAGGUGGCAGCGGAGCCGGCGACUACGAAGCUCUCAUGGCAGCCCUGAUGGCGAACAGGCAACUGCUGGAAGCCAAGGUCGGCAUCAACAACGCAAUGUUCGCCGCCAGCGAUAUGGCCACGUCGCAGCUCGGCGAUUCCUUCGUUGUCGGCGAGUGCCAAGGGCAGAAGACCAUCGAUGGCAAGCAGAUGCCAUUGAUCAAGGAGUUCCCGGGGAAGGUGAUACUGUUCUGUGAGGUGCCGCCGCCGGAGGGCGGAGAGACGCCGUUCGUGCCGAGCUUCCGGGUGACGGAGCGAGCGCUGGAGGAGUUCCCGGAGAUGGUGGAGGAGCUGGACGCCAAGGGGCUCCGGUACACGUUCACGGCGCCGAGCAACAACAACACCGGGUCCAUGAGAGGGAGAGGAUGGGAAGACGCUUUCGGCACGUCAGACAAGUCUGAAGCAGAGACGAGGGCAAAGGCACUAGGAAUGGGCGUGGAGUGGCUUGAGGACGGUGGCGUGAAGACGAUCCUGGGUCCACGCACGCUGACCCGCGUCUUCCCAGGGCGCAAGGGACGGAGGAUGUGGUUCAACACGUUGGUCGGGAUGCACGGCAAGGACCUGAGCUCGGCCACGGCGGCCGACGGGACCGAGAUCCCAGCGAGCUUCGUGCAACGGUGCGAGGAGAUCAUCGAGGAGGAGAGCAUCCAGUUCCGUUGGCGCAAGGGCGACAUCCUCAUCCUCGACAACCUCGCCACGCUACAUGGCCGGCGGCCGUCGCUGCCGCCUAGGCGGGUUCUCGUCGCAACUUGCAAGUGA